CUUUCGUCCGUCACUGAAAUGUUACCCCUGCAGCGUCCGUGCAGGUUGGUUGUAAAAAGCCUGAAGUUAUGAAGAUUAGGACAAAAGUGCCUCGAUAGAGACAUUCGCCGAGAGACAAUUAAUAGCAGUGUCACUGAGUCAGGACGUUGUAUUCACACAGGAUGGCGUCACCUCAUGACCGCAGUCGGAAAGAUGACGAGGAUGACCCUGUUGAACAGAUGAUAUCGCGCACUGGCUGCGCUGAGCUUCACCACGCCAUCCAGGAAUGCAUGGCUGAACAUCAGGACUGGCGAGCAUGUCAAAACCAAGUUCAGACGUUCAAAGACUGCAUGAUGAAUUUCCAAAAGGCCCGAAAAGAACAGCUGAGGCAGCAGCAGCUGCCCUCCACCAAGUCUGCGGCCAGCUGAAUACAGAACAUCUUGCAAAUACAUACAGUGCUGUGUUUGGGACUUGACUGACGACCUUAAAUUGCAAAGACUGUACCUAAUUUAAUCAUUAGAAUUGAAAAUAAAGCUCUAGCAGUAUCAUAAAAUCCCUACUUACAGUCUCAAGUGUGUGAUUAAGAGCCUGACUGAUAAUUGGGAUUUAACAGGCAAUAUGAAAUAUCACUUAACUUCAGUUAGCUUGUGUUUAAGUGUGUAUGUAUGUAAAGAAAUGCCAUACUAUGUGAUUUGUGAAUCAAAGUGCAUUUGAAAGUUAUCUUUUCAGGUAAAACGCUUUAUUUUUGGUCCGUAAUGUAUUUUCUUUAAAUAAAAAUGAAAAGAUUGUUUUUUUAGGGGAAAAUCUGAAA